CCCCGUACAGACUGUUGGGGCCCAAGAUGGCUGAAUACUCACGGGGGACUGUUAGCAAAUAACCGAGCAAGACAUCGGUAAUGAAUGACAAAUAGCAAUAUGGUGUAAAGCAAACGCUUUAUGUAAUUUUACAACAACGAGCUUGUUGGUUUGCAUUGUUUUCGGAAUGUAUAACAGUACGGAGAGAGUUUCCUCUCCGCGGCCCCGAGCCAGAACAUGGCGGAACACAUUGGGGAGAAAUAGCGGCUAACGCUAAGUUAGCCGGCCUGCUAUCCAGCCAUAUUUCCCAACAUUGUUCCGGAUUAAAACCAAACGCUCAGCCUGCAAAUGUGAAACGAUGUUUUUGGCGUGUCGCUGUGGUUAUUUCGCCUUAAAACGGGUAAGGUACGAAGUGCUGGUGUCUGGGUUACACGGAGGCAAGUCAACGCGUUAGCCCUGCCAAUAGCUGCUAGCUAACGUCCACCAGAGUGUAUUUACGUGUUUAUCUUAAGGAUUCCAACUAUUGACAUAUCAAUAAAUGUAUCGUUUAUGUGCGUUUUUUUUAAUGUAGCAAGUGUGUAAACACAGGCCCCAUUUCCUUGUUUUGAUAUUAGGCUACCUCUUCAAGGUGGCUCCGGAGUGCGCGGUCUUCAGUUUGAAGUUUUCUCGCUAACAUUGUUAUAAUAUAGUGUAAAUAUAUUAGUUAGAAGCAGAGCUGGACGUUCGCUUGUUGGUCGGCUUGACCCGAGCCUGCAACGUUUUUGGACCGCGAUUGAAAGUCGUGGCGUCACUAAGGUGAGGUGCACCAGCCUGGAGGGGUGUUGGGGGGACCGGUCACAAGCACCUGUCAGGAUGACGGACACUCGCCGACGAGUCAAAGUCUACACCCUCAACGAGGACAGACAGUGGGACGACCGCGGCACAGGACACGUCUCGUCGGGGUAUGUGGACCGGCUGAAAGGCACGUCUCUCCUGGUGCGGGCGGAGAGCGACGGUUCCUUACUACUGGAGUCCAAAAUAAACACGAACACAGCGUACCAGAAACAGCAGGAUACGCUCAUCGUAUGGUCAGAGGCCGAAAACUAUGACUUGGCCCUCAGCUUCCAGGAGAAAGCCGGUUGCGAUGAGAUCUGGGAGAAAAUUUGCCAGGUGCAAGGAAAGGACCCAUCAGUGGACAUCACCCAAGAUGUAGUGGACGAGUUAGAAGAGGAGCGCUUCGAUGACAUGGCUUCGCCUGGUCUGGAGCUGCCCCCAUGUGAACUGAGCCGGCUGGAGGACUUGGCGGAGCUGGUGGCCUCCUCGCUCCCGUCGCAACUGCGGCGAGAGAAACUGGCGCUGGCCGUGGAAAACGAGGGCUACAUCCGCAAGCUCCUUGAGCUUUUCCGCUUGUGUGAGGACUUGGAGAACCAGGAAGGACUGCACCAUCUGUAUGAAAUCAUCAAAGGAAUUUUUCUACUCAAUCGCACCGCCCUCUUCGAGGUCAUGUUCUCAGACGAGUGCAUCAUGGACGUCAUCGGUUGUUUGGAGUUUGACCCAGCGCUCCCGCAACCGCGGCGGCACCGGGAGUUUCUCACGAAAACGGCCCGCUUUAAGGAGGUGAUUCCCAUCUCGGACCCUGAACUGCGUCUGAAAAUACACCAGACCUAUAGGGUGCAGUACAUUCAGGACAUGGUUCUGCCGACUCCCUCUGUUUUUGAGGAGAACAUGCUGUCCACCCUGCACUCCUUCAUCUUCUUCAACAAGGUGGAGAUUGUGGGCAUGCUUCAGGACGACGAGAAGUUCCUGACCGAUCUUUUUGCACAGCUAACAGACGAGGCUACAGACGACGACAAAAGACAUGAACUGGUUAACUUCUUGAAGGAAUUUUGCGCGUUCUCACAAACAUUACAACCUCAAAACAGAGAUGCCUUCUUCAAGACACUGUCAAACAUGGGGAUUCUACCUGCACUAGAGGUCAUAUUGGGAAUGGAUGAUGUCCAAGUGCGAGGGGCUGCCACAGAUAUCUUCUCUUAUCUGGUGGAGUACAACCCUUCCAUGGUACGAGAGUUUGUCAUGCAGGAGCCUCAGCAAAAUGACGACGACAUCCUUCUGAUCAACCUCAUCAUAGAACACAUGAUCUGUGACACAGACCCAGAGUUAGGGGGGGCAGUGCAACUGAUGGGUUUGCUCCGAACUCUGGUGGACCCAGAAAACAUGCUUGCUACCGCAAAUAAAACAGAAAAGACUGAGUUCCUCAGUUUCUUUUACAAGCACUGUAUGCAUGUCCUGUCAGCUCCACUACUGGCCAACACCGCAGAGGAAAAGCCCAGCAAAGAUGAUUUCCAGACCUCACAGUUAUUAGCCCUAAUUUUGGAACUGCUGACAUUCUGUGUCGAGCAUCACACCUAUCACAUCAAGAACUACAUCAUCAACAAGGAUAUUCUCAGGAGGGUACUGGUGCUCACUGCCUCUCAGCAUGCUUUUCUGGCACUAUGUGCUCUGCGCUUCAUGCGGAGAAUUAUCGGCUUGAAGGACGAAUUCUACAACCGCUACAUUAUGAGAAACUUUCUCUUUGAGCCUGUCGUUAAGGCUUUUCUCAAAAAUGGCUCGCGCUACAAUCUCAUGAACUCGGCCAUCAUUGAGAUGUUUGAGUAUGUCCGUGUGGAGGAUGUAAAAUCUCUCACUGCUCAUAUAAUAGAGAAUUACUGGAAGGCUCUGGAAGAUGUGGACUAUGUCCAGACUUUCAAGGGCCUCAAGCUGCGUUAUGAACAGCAGCGGGAGAGGCAAGAUAACCCUAAACUGGACAGCAUGCGCUCCAUCCUGAGAAACCACCGCUUCCGUCGAGACGCACGGACACUGGAGGACGAAGAGGAGAUGUGGUUCAACACGGACGAAGAAGACCUUGAAGAUGGCGAGGCUGUGGUAUCUGACAAGGCGAAGAAUGAGGAAGACCUCAUGGAACCUAUAAGCAAGUUCAUGGAGAGAAAGAAAUUGAAAGACACAGACGACAAGGACGUUCUGGGCAAGUCAAGCUUGUCAGGCAGGCAGAAUCCCAGCUUCAAGCUCUCCUUUUCUGGCUCCACCAAAACUAGUCUGUCAAGUCCUCCUUCAUCCACCUCCUUGAAUCCCGGUUCUCCUGGUUCACCUGAGUCUCCUGUCUCAGGGACACGGAACUCACCCCCUACCGUAGCGGUAACCACAAAGGGAGGAUUAGUGGGACUGGUGGACUAUCCCGAUGAUGAUGACGACGAGGAAGAGGAGGAGGAGGAAGAAGGAGAGAGUAAAGAUGACCCUCUGCCACCUUCAAAAAAAUCCAAGCUGAACUCCUAAAGAUGCGCCGCGGUCUCAGUUUGUGCUCCACUCAGACAGUUUCUGAACAUGGGAAUGAUCUAACUUGUAAACACACGGAACGAAUGAGAGCCACACACUGCUGGUGGUCACAAGAGGAGACGGACUGGAACAGAUAAGGGGAAACACGCCUCGUCCUCGUCAGAGCAGCCCAACUCAAACAAGUGCCAAUCAGGAGGCCAGACUGUCUGAGAGAGGACAACACAGGUGAGGGUCAAGUCAAGGGGGCGGGAACAGUCGCACUUAAGUUUGUCAGCGGUCUCCAACCCGACCCAAAGGUCUCACCAUGGUAAAGAAACUGAUACAAAACAAACAUGUAUAUGCAGACAGAAAUCCCAAGAGAUUGUGGACUCGGAUCAUGAUCCGUCUGUCUCCCCGCCGCCCCCACUCAGGGAAGGACAUCAGUUGCCCAAAUGGUUCAGCCAAUUCACACUCACACACUCAUCCCUUUUAUAAUCUCUCCAGAAUCUUCUUUUCUUCCUCUCCUUAUCUGUUUUUCUUUUUUUUAAGUUAGCAUGCACGACCCGGUAGGAGGCAGCGUGUGGCACAGAGAGCCGUCUUUGUUGUAUUCUGAUGAUGUCAUCAGUGUUGUCAGUACUCAGUGGACAUUAUUUCUCCCAAAAGGAGGGAGCAAACAAAAAGCCAGCAGUUUUCUCUCUUCGUUUCAUUUUCUUGCUCUGAUUUGUCUAGCAAAACCAUUCUCCUGUUUGUUUUUGUAAAUUAUAACAACAACAACAAAAGAGUACCUGCCUUUAAAUGUUCAGGAUGUUUUCAGUCACACUUGAACAGGUUUUUAAAAGACCUCAGUAGGUGAGCUACUUUUACCAUUUUGCCCUUUGAAACUGCAGAUUUUUUGGAGAAAUUUGUAAUCCCGUCUUGAUUAAAGAUUGAGUGGAAUUCUA